AUGUCGUCGCACAACAUUAUCCCAUCACUACUUCAUUUACCAGUCGAACUUACCUAUCGAAUUUUGGAUCAUCUAGCUCCUUCGGACAUUUUGGUAUCAGUUCGUGAUGUUUGUUCGCGAUUGAAUGCAAUCACUAAUAUUUAUCCUCGCUUUCAGACACUUGUCACAUUAGAUCUUUUGAGUAACGGUAUUGAUGAUGAUGAAGGAGCAUGCUGUCUUGCUGAUGUUUUGAAGAUCAAUCAGGCAAUCACAAGAUUAGACCUUACAAGAAAUAAUAUAGGUCCUCAGGGAGCACAACAUUUAGCUGAUGCAUUGAAAAUCAAUCAGACACUUAAAAUACUGAGUCUUUCGGACAACAUAAUUGGUGAGGAAGGAGCUUGCUAUCUUAGUGAUGCUUUGAAGAUCAACAAGACACUUGUAACAUUGCAUCUUCAUGGAAAUAGAAUCAAUGAUAGAGGUGCUCAACACUUUGCUGAUAUGAUGACGAUUAAUCAAGGACUGAUAAAAUUGGAUCUAUCUAGCAAUGUGAUCGGUGAUGAAGGAGCUCACUAUCUUAGUGAUAGUUUGAAAAUCAAUCAAUUACUAACAACACUACUUCUUAACUAUAACAAAUUCGGUCCAGAAUCAGCUGAAUGUUUUAGUAAUGCCACACUUACAACACUGGAGAUUAAAUGGAGUGGUCUGAGUGAUACUGAAGCACUCACAACAUUGCAAUGUAAUUCCAGUAGUAUCAGCGAUGCUGGAGUCAGAUAUCUGGCUGAUGGUUUACGAAUCAACCAAACAUUAACAAAACUGAACCUUCGGAGCGCUUGUAUCGAUUGUGAAGGAGCACAAUUUCUCGGUGAUGCCUUACGGUCCAACCGAACACUCACAGAACUGGACAUUUCUUUCAAUCGUAUUGGUGAUGAUGGAGCUCAAUAUCUUGGCAACGGCUUGAAGAAUAAUCAAGUAAAAGAAAAAGAAUAUCUUGUUAUAUGUCAUAUUUUAAUCAAUAUUUUUCUUACAGUCACUGAGAAUAUUGAUGAUUCAAAUGAACAAUAUUGGUGA